AUGGAGAAGGGAGAUGAUGAACAGUGUGGAGGAUGUGGCUGCACCCAGCACAAUGAGGAUGCUCUCAGAAAAGGCACCCAGAGGAACAGGAGGAUGAAGCGGUUCAUGGCCAUGCUGAAUAGGCAUAAAAGCAAGGAUCCACCACCAGGCCAAGUGCUGGAGCUGGCAGGAGAGCUUUGCCAGCACUUGCAGAGCCCGUCUCCUGUCCUGGAGAAGCUGGUCGGGGCCAUUAUGGCAUGCAAGCACACGAUGUAUUUUCUCACCAACAUCCACGUAGUCCGAGCUUGCGUGUUGGUUCAUGUCCAGAGAGGAGAGCACGAGGCGGCCCGCAGGCUCCUGGAGUGUUGCCAGGCAGAAGAAAAGGAGGAGCUGGUGCAACUCUGGUAUGAGAUUCACUACCAGCAGGUUAUGGAGAAGCAGCACACGGACUUUCUGACCCCGCUGCAGAAGUUCCGCUGCAGGAAGAGGAAUCCUCCGCCUGUAUCCCUCUGUCCUGAGGGUUUGAAGAACCGAAACUACCCAGAUAAAGUCCGCCAGGAACUGCACAGAUUUGCAGCAGAGGUGACCACAAAUCCGAACAAGGAGCAGCGGGAGGAAUUGGCUCAGGACAUGAAUCUGAAGCCAACUCAGGUCUAUAAUUGGUUUGCAAAUUAUCGACGUCGUCAAAAAUCCCGGCUUGCCUGCAUGGAAAAGCUCACGAGGUCACACGCCGAGAAGGCUUUGACUCACCAUGCAAAGCAGCAGCAGUGCAGAGGAUCCUGCACUCCACAAACAGCAGAUGGAUCUUAUGCAGGCCUCAGCUCGGAGCAGAUGGAGAUGACCCUUUUGCCUAGUGACCCGCGGCGGGAGCAGUCAGCUGUAGACCUGGAUAAGUCCCAUGAAGGAACAUAUUUAAAGAUGCUGGAGUCCAGGUACCAGAGGAUCCAGCUGGGGACCCAUCGGUCAAUGACACAUUCUGGGCAGCCUGGCUGCUCUUCGAGUUCUCCGCCGGGGGACGAAUGUGACCUGCCCGCCGGGAAACGCGGCAGCACGGGGCCGGCGCUGGGUGAAUCCCCGCGGGCAGUGGAGGAAGCCCCUCACACACAUGCCCGGGGCGCGCGGCCCCCUCGCGCCGCCCGCGCCCGGCCCGACAAACAGCGCUGCCGCAGCCCCGCGCCGCCCUCGGGAGACAGCCGCUCAGGGAGCCUCGGGGGUCCUGUGGCGAGGGCAGGGAAGCAGCAGAGCAGGGAGCUGCUGCACCCGCACUUGCGCUGCUGA